UCUUCAACAUUACGAAGACUCCCAUCAGAUAAGGCUGUUUAUGUGAGUGCUUCCAUUUUAUUAAACUUAGUACUGCAAGAAUUGCUUACAAAUUAGGGCAUCACAGUGCAAGGACACACCUGACGCUCCAGAUGAAGUGCAAAGGAACUGAUAUUUCUGGUUGGGGAUUUUAAGGUCUGCAUUAUGACUGGUAUUUUUUCAGCAGAAUAUUUCGUGCAAGCAAAGAACAUUUGUUGCACCUGACAAGGAACCAAGUGAACCAAAACCGUGACAGUCAGACUAUUGUGAUUUCCAAGCUGUGCUACCGUUGGGAGUCAUUUUAACUAGAGUCAUGCCUGUGGUUAAAGUGGAGAGCGAUUCUCCCUCUGAAACCACUCUUCCAGUGAAUGACAGUCAGAGAGCAGAGCCACAAAGAGGACGUCGGAGGAAGAGGCCUCUUCAGCGAGGCAAACCACCAUACAGCUACAUCGCACUGAUCUCAAUGGCCAUCGCCAACUCGCCUGACCGCAAACUCACUCUGGGAGGGAUCUACAAGUUCAUCACAGAGAGGUUUCCUUUCUAUCGUGACAACUCCAAGAAAUGGCAGAAUUCCAUCCGCCAUAAUUUGACGCUCAACGACUGUUUCAUCAAGAUCCCCAGAGAGCCCGGUAGACCUGGAAAAGGCAACUAUUGGGCACUGGACCCCAAUGCCGAAGACAUGUUUGAGAGCGGAAGCUUCUUGCGACGGCGAAAGCGGUUCAAACGCACCGAUUUCACUACGUAUUCAUCAUACGUUCAUGAGUCUCCAGUCUUCUCACCAGUCCAGAUUGCGCGCUCAGCCUACGCCAACUCGGUCUACUCCAACAUGGCCGUGAGUCCACCAUAUGCACAACAGCUGCCUUCUGCCUACUACCAGUCCUCCUCUCCUAGCUUCAGUGCUGGUCAGUCCAGGGUCUUCAGAAUCAACUCUCUCAUUGGGUCACCUGGCAGGAUGGGCCAAAGUGGAGAGAUGAUGCCUCAGCAGUCUUGCCGCAGUUUCAGUCCAGAGAGUGGCUCCUGCAGUUUGGGAGGACCGGGCUUCCAGCAUCAGUCCUGCAGCGGAGAGACAGUGCUGUCAUAUUGCUCAAGCUCCUCAAACAACAUGGCCUUUGCUUACCCCGGCCCAGGACACGGACAGACUCAGGUAUCAUAUCCACAAGGCAGCACCCAGGCCUACGGGCCGACAGGGAGGGUCGCUAUCUCCAGUUUGUCUCCCAUUGCUGGAGAUGCUGUGGGGGACCCCUAUGGUAGAACCUCCCCUGCACAGCUGGGCUCUUUUUUUCAGUACAAUAAUUCUGGUCCAGUAGGAAGCUCAGGAGCCUACAUCAGGCAUCCGGCUUACUCGGGUAACAUGGACAGGUUUGUGACAGCCAACUAAACAAGUUCAUGGACGAUUAUUUUCCAUUGCAAGAACACGGGCGCACAAGUACCUUUGGAGAGACUAUUUUAGUAAAUAUAAAAAAAAAAACAACUGUGAUAUUUAAACUGGUUUUAUUGUGAUUCCAUCAAUUGAGUAAAUGGAAAUUUUAAUAAUCUCAAUUUACGCAUGUACAGCCUUUUCCUUUUACAACAUUGUAAAAACAAGUUAAAAACAAAUGUUUACAAGGAUCAAACUUUUUUCUUUCCUUUUCUUUCUUUUUAAUUUUUUUUUUUUGAGUGAAAUGAGUUCAUAUGAUUUGUAUAAGCUUUUCUUAUAAUUGUCAUCUGUGCUAAGAGUAAAUGCUUCGAUUUGCUUUUCAUUGGAAUAAGGUACUGCAUUUACUACAGUGAUAUAAAAAUGUUUCUACAAGAGGCUGUGUUGUUAUAUCCUUUUACAGAUGAAUUAUUUAACAUUUUAAUUUAAUUGUGAAUAUAUAAAGAAAACUAGGCUGUAAAGCAAGAAUCCAUUUCAGCAGAGACCUAAAUUUAUAGAAAUGUUAACUGAUUUCACUUAUUUUAAUGACAUUUAUUUCUAAAAGAGGUAAUUUUUUCUCCCUUUCUUCUUAUUGAAAAUACAUAUAUUACAAAUUAUUAUUAAAUACUUUGAAAGAACAAUGCUUUAUUAUUUAGCACUUAAAUAAUGAAAGCUGAAAAUUAUUUUAAAAAUGUAAAUUAAGAAAUUUAUGUAUAAAUUAUUUUGUGGCAAGCUUUCAGUCAAAUAGGUAAAACAAUAUUUUAUCAUGGUUAGACGCAUAUUAUCAAUCCUCCAUGCUAUUUUGAAGUUUACACUACUCCUACAUAAUUGACAACAAAUUAGUCAGAAUAAGUGCAAAAGGGAUUAUGAAACAGGUAGGGUAAAAUAAUUAAUUUGUAACUUUUUCUGCCCCUUAUCUUUUCUGAGCUUUAUUAGACCAAGUCUUCCAGUUCCACACAAUAGCUUGUUUCAGCGGCACUGGCCAUUAAUUAUGUCCUUUCACUCUCCAAUUUUGUAUUUUUUAAAUUGGAUUUUAAAUAGACAUUUACGCUUAUUAAAAUACACCAGCUUCGUGCUGUGACAAUAAAAGUAAACAAUAGUGAUGUCAAUAUUGCAGAAUAAUUUAGAGUAGGUAAUGAUAAACUAUAACUAACAGGUUAAAAAUAUAAAGCUACUGAAAGAUUUGAAACCAAAUAAUAAAAUAAAUAA